AUGGCCACGCUCCCAUCUCUACCCCUGCCAAAGCCGCAGUCGUGUGGAGCAAGGUGGCAGCAGGACUUGGCUGCUCGCCUCGCCGUGUCGGGCACCCAAACAGGCGGAGCUGCCCAAGCAGGGCCAUCCGUCGAUUUCCUCAAGUUGGAUUCUGCAGAGGACCUCUCUGAAAUUUGGCGAUGCUAUCUCUUGUUGCUGCGCCACUACAAGGCCAGCUGGAUGGUUCGACAAGCAGAGAAGCUUUGCAGCCUUCAUGUCGGGCAGGAUGCAGCACUCUCUGUACUAGCCUUGAACCACCUCCUGGCCCUGGAGCCAUGCAGUUGGAGAUGGCGUGCAGUUUCAGAGCAGCCACAGAUGGAGCACGGCCUGACACAAUGGAGUGAGGUGGAGGAAGCGCUUUUCCUCCACUACACUGGCAAUUGGUUUCACACCCUCUCAGACACUGGGCGGCUGGUGGAUGGGCAAUCUUGGAAUGGAAAGGAAUACUGGAAAUGGAUUGGCCUGGGCCGUGGUGACUUGGCCUCGAGGUUGAUGCACCUCUCUGUGGCCUCAGCACUGCCUGAAAGCGAGGCAAGUGCGUUGGCAAGCUUUGUCGCAGCUCUAGGAGGACUCCGGGUGGGUGGCUGUUUGCUUUUGGCAUUGCUCCCUCGCUGGCCGACACUGGCCGCGCUGGCCAAUCGCCUUUUUUUGCAAACAGAGCUUUGCGCGGUGCCUGUGACUGGGGGCCACAAGGUCUUCUUGGUGGGCCUUCAUUUUCAAGGGCUCGAGCCAGUAUUACUCCAGGCACUGAAUACCACUGUCAGCAAAGAACUGGCACAACCCGAAGCCAAAGAUGUUGGACGAUUGUUGGACGAUUGGGCCAAAGAAGCCGAAGCGUCCUUAGGAGGUGAGUUUACUCAGUGGUCAAGCCGGCUGCCUGCAGAUUGGCAAAUAGAAAGGACACUGCCAGUUGAAGACCUUCCUUUUGCAAAGCAUUUGCUUUGGGGCCGCUGCCGGGAAUCUCUCCUGCGAGAGUUGCCUGCAGGUGAAGGUGGAUCCCGCCGCACGGGCCUGGCAGACGAGCGGGCUGCCAAGCGGGCGAAGUGGUCGGCCGAGCCGAGCUGGUGGCGUUUGGAUCGGAGCCGUGCAGAUCAUCGCUCUUUGGCACAGAGCUUGGAGAUGUCCCCGAUGAUGGCCAAGCAAAUGGCUGACCGAUGGUGGAAGGUGAUCAGGUUGCCCUCAGCGGAUCAGUUUCGCCGCUCCAUUGUUGCUGAUGCCACCCUUUUGCCUGCGCUGCUGUCACAUGGGCACCACGCUGGUGAUCAGCAGCCGAGGUUACCCGAAGGUUUGCCAGAUUCCUUGCUAUCGCUCGUGCAGCUGCUGCAAGUUUGGCUGCCUGAACGUUUGGUCGAUGAAGGUGACUCCUCGCUUUCUUAUCAACGAUGUUUGUGCCUUGCACCAGAGACGGCAUCAUGGCUUCAGCAAAUGGGCGUCUCGGCUGGUACCUGCCAGAUUCCCAAAGAGCCUGGCCAGGCUCAAGUUGCAGAAGGGCAGGCCAACCUCGUGUUUUUGGAACUUGCUCCUCCCAGCCACAAACUGGCAGAAUGGGAGUUCAAAUCAUCCUGGCGACAAGACUUUGUUGGAGCUGUCUCAAUGGCUCUUGGUGCGCUUGGUGCAGGUGCCGACCUAGUGCUUUGGUUGCCAAGCGUUUUCACACGCUUCACAGUUACGGUUGUGGCAUUGCUGGCGGUGAGUUUCAGUCGUUUUGUGGCAGCCCAUCCUGGCGUUGCCAUUGCCGGCAGUUGGUUGAUUUUCAACUCUUACCAACCAGCAUCAGUGGCUGGGCCUGCGAGUCGCGCCCUAUUGGGCGCAUUGUGGUCGAGGCUAGCUGAGCUUGGAGAGAACUUCUCCAUAUCACAGGUUUUGCCUGGCACGUUGUUUCCUGAUGGAGCUGGGGGCCUUCGAAGGCAUCUCACAGACUUCAACAAUGCGUUGAUGGCUGCAGAGCUGAAUGGCCGGGCCAAGCGGACCUUGAGCGAUGCAGGUCUCCUGCGUCAGCUGACUGAGAUGAGAAUAAAGCACUAUCUCUAUGUUGGCGCCAAGCACCGCGCACUGGUUGGGCUCUAUUUUGGGACGUUUGACCCGCUGCACGAGAACCACUUUCGCUUGGUAUUGUGUGCCUUGAGAACGUGCGGUCUUCGGCGAGUGGUGCUAGUGCCCAAUCAAGGAAGCAAUCCUUACAAGCAAGGCUGCACCCCAAUGUCGGAGCGUGUGGCGUGCAUCAAGGAACGCAUCAGAAUUGCAGAGGAGGCUGGUGAACUUGAACCAGGAGAAGUGAUCGUGCGCAAAGAGGCAGGUGCCAACAACUGGCCGCAGCGCGAGAAGGUGGCACAAGCAGUUGAAAGAGAGGAGUUUGCAGAUGCCACUGUUACCGCCAAUGUGGUGUUGCUGUUGGGCGAGGACUCAUUUUCAAAGUCUUUAAGUCAGGCAACUGGGAAGCACAAAAACGUGGGCAUUUUUCAACUCCAGAGCAGACCCAGGCGGCUCAUUGUGUUUCCGCGAGCGCAGCAAGAGCUGGUGAUCCCAGAGAAAUUGCGCGAUUAUGUUCAGGUGGCUCCCUACAAAGACUUGGUGGAGGGCUUGAGCUCUUCGAAGAUUCGAGCUCUUGUGGAGACUGGCGCAGAGGCUCCAGAUGCUCAAGCAGUUCAUCCAGCAGUUUGGGCACGUUUGAAGGAGUAUGUCAAAAGCGCUGCAUCAGAAGGUUCAGCAGAUGCGCUUGGAACACGGAGCAGUGGAGAAGACGAAGAGGAGUCGUUUGUGCCACACAGUGACCAAGGUAACUGUUGGGCGGAUCCUGCAGCACACUAUGAUGCACAAGCUCCCAGCUCGUCUUCUCUCCGAGACCGGCCGCAGUCCCCCACAGUGCGGCUUCGUAAUUUCAAUUCCUUUGCCAAGGCCGUUUUGCUGGACCAAUUCCUCACCGAUGUCUUGCGGCAAGCCGGCGGCGAGGGCCGGCCAUUGUCAGUGCUUGAUUUGGGUUGUGGAAAGGGUGGCGAUCUCAAAAAGCUCAUGAACUCCGGUCUGACGCACUAUUGCGGUCUAGACGUCUCCUACGCCUCCUUAGAGGUCUUCAGGGCAAGGCUCAAGGAUCUCCAAAGCAAUCGGGCGCCAAGGCAUGGGCUCUUGGGGCGUUCUGAGGGCUUGGCCUUAAAGGAGGUCGCCUUGAUCCAUGCAGAUGCCUUCCGGGAGUGUUUGGAAAGUACCUGGGACCGGAGGAGAUAUGGCACUGCACGGUCACAGCUUGGGCGCUCUUGGUUUCACUUGGUGACCUCCCAGAUGGCCUGUCAUUAUGCCUUCCAGUCUCAGGAGUCCUUGGAAACCAUGUUGGACAAUGUCUCCAAACGCCUGUGCAGUGGGGGCUAUUUUGUCGCAACGGUUCCAGAUGCAAAGAGGAUAGUCUCAGCUCAACGCAAUGCCUUGUCUUUAGGGCGAGCGUUUGGUCGGCUCGGAAACAACCUCUUUGGAAUUGAGUUUUCAGAAGAGGAGUGGUCAAAGGUGGAAUCCAUCACCUGGGAUGAGACGUCGGAUCAGCUUGACAAGCGAGCCUUUGGAAUCAUGUACAGGUUUGAUUUGGUGGACGCCGUCGAUUCCUGCUUGGAACCGCUGGUGCAUUUUCCAAGCUUGAGAGCCAUAGCGAAGAGCAAGGGCUUGCAGCUCAGCCUCGCUCCCACUCCUUUGAGUCAGCUGGUCAUGGGAGACAAAGCUGAGCUGGGACGCUUGCGCCGGAUCUACGCUUUCGCAGGUGGUAUGGCUUUGCACUCCAACGAGGCGAGGGAGCAACGAGAGGCAAUGGAAUUUUAUGUUGCCUUUGCCUUUCAAAAAGAGCAGGCUGAAGAUUUGCCCACCUGCCAAGAAGUUUCUGAGGGUGUGAGGGCCCAGAAAAGAGGACAAGACUUCAUUGAUAUGCUGCACUUGCUUCACUUGAUGCACCGACCACCCAGUGGCAGAAGCCGUGUCUUCCACGGGAACACCGCAAUCAUGCACAAGUACCGGUGUGCCAUUGCCAUGGCAGUCUUCAGUAAGAUGUCAGGACGCCGUACCGCUGUGCCGCUAGUGUUGGGUGCUGCUGCUUUGGCAGCGACAAGCUUCGUGGUUCCAGGGGCUCCUGUGCAGCAAGUCUCUGCUCGAACUCCAGUGACUGCUCAGGUGAAGCAAGAUGCAGCGAGCUCGCUACCAGGCCUCACAGCAGGUGUGACCAUGGGAGUGACAGCUGCAGCAGCUGCAGCCAACCGAAGAAAGCCAGUGAGGAGUCAAAAGUCGCUGGCAAAGGCCAAGAAGGAGAUGUCGGAAUCCGGCCUGUUGCACUUGGUUGCAUCGGUUCAGGAUGUCUUGUCCAAACCUCACGAGGGAGAUCGCAUUAGGGAUCUGAAGGCACUGGCUGCUGAGCUGAAGCACACUCAGAAUAGCACCAGCCCAAUGGAGGGCCCCUUGCGAUGGGUGGCGAACAUGGCAGCAGCUCUUCUGUUGACUCAGGGGAUGGCCUUGCAGCCUGCGAAUGCUGGAGAUGUAGUCAACUACUCUGACUUCAUUGAUUCAGUGAACAAGGGCGAUGUUGAGAUGGUGCGUGUGCAACCAGACAUGCUGUCGGCUCAGUAUGUUACCAAGGAAGGUGCCCGGCGGGAAGUGAACCUCAUUCCAAACGGCCAGAUUGAAGAUCAGCUCUUUAACCAGCUUGCUGACAAGAAGGUGGAUGUGGUGAUGUCGACGGGUGAGGCUGGAUCUCCUUUCGACUUCCUUGCCCGCUUUGCUGGUCCACUUGCAUGGCUGGUGGCUGGCCUCUUGCUGCUUUUCGGUGGUGUUGGUGGACCUGCUGGACCUGGUGGACCUGGUGGUCCAGGUGGGAAUCCUUUUGAGCUGGGCAAGUCCAAAGCUCGGAUCAUCAAGGAUGGCGACACCAAGGUGAAGUUUGGUGAUGUGGCGGGCUGUGACGGCGCCAAGACAGAGCUGGUGGAGGUGGUUGACUUCCUGAAGAAUGCCUCGAGGUACUCAGAACUGGGCGCCAAGAUCCCCAAGGGUGCCUUGCUGGUGGGCCCACCUGGCACAGGAAAGACCUUGCUCGCCAAGGCUGUGGCAGGCGAAGCCGGUGUGCCCUUCUUCAGCAUCUCCGCGUCGGAGUUCGUUGAGGUCUUCGCUGGAGUGGGCGCUUCACGCGUCCGAGAUCUCUUUGAACAAGCGAAGAAGUCUGCGCCGUGCAUCAUUUUCAUCGAUGAGAUCGAUGCUGUGGGGCGGCAGCGAAGUGCAGGCUUCGGACAGGGCAAUGACGAACGUGAGCAGACUGUGAACCAGCUGCUUACCGAGAUGGAUGGUUUUGAGAGCAACAAGGGAGUGGUGGUCCUCGCAGCCACAAAUCGGGCAGACAUCUUGGAUCAGGCCCUCGUUCGCCCAGCUCGCAAGAUUGCAAGAUCCCUGAUGAGGUGGAUCCUCCAGAUGUCCAGGGCCGCUUGGAGAUCCUCAAGGUCCACGCCAAGGGGAAGAACUUGGCUCCUGGCAUCGAUUUGUCAGCGAUCGCAAAGCAAACACCAGGAAUGUCCGGGGCUGACCUGGCCAACCUUCUUAAUGAAGGAGCCAUUGUGGCAGCACGGCAGAACAAGUCCGAGAUCGACUCCGAUGAUAUCUUCAAUGCUCUCGAGCGGAUUGCAUUGGGCUUGGAAAAAAAAAGAUGCAGUGAUGUCAGAGCAGAGGAGAAGACUCGUUGCUUACCAUGAAGCCGGUCAUGCUAUUUUGGGCGCUUUGGUGAAUGACUAUGAUGCAGUUGCCAAGAUUAGCAUCGUGCCACGUGGACCAGCGGGUGGCGUCACGAUCUUCAUGCCUUCUGAAGAGCGCUUAAACUCAGGCCUUUAUUCCAAGGAAUUCCUCGAGAAUCGCAUGUGCGUGUCACUUGGUGGGCGCCUGGCAGAAGAGAUCAUCAAUGGCAAGGACAACGUGACGACUGGAGCUUCCAACGAUUUCCAACAGUGCACCCAGGUCGCCAAGCAGAUGGUGAUGCAGCUGGGCAUGUCUCCCGUUAUUGGCCAGCGGCAACUUGGAGGUCAGCAGCAGGGCGGACCUUUCAUGGGCCGCGAUUUCAUGGGUCAAGGCGCGCCGCCUAUGUCCCAAGCAUUGAAGCAACAGGUGGAUGACGAAGUGAAACGUAUUGUGGAUGAACAGUACCAGCGCGGCAUGAAGCUCUUGAGAGACAAUAUGUUUUUGCUGGAUGAGUUGGCAAAGCUACUCAUGGAGCAGGAGAAGGUCAGUGGUGAAGAGCUUGUGAAGCUUAUCAACAGAGCUGCGAUUGAUGGGAAGUUGGCGGUGGACAACAAGCAGAUGGCCUUUGCCGCCUUCACAGGUGAGAAAGUGGACGACAAUUCAAUGGGUUCGAAGCUCACCAGCAAGUGUCUUCCAUCUAUGACAUCUAUGACCCCCACUUCAAUGCCCAAGGGCUUCUGUGGCUCGACCCUCCGUCCCCGCCAUGACCGUGCUGCUGCACGCAACGCGAUUGCCCGACUUGGGCUCGCGCACGAUGAGAAGGCUGUGAGCAGUGAGAAGGUUCUGCAAGAAGUUCAGCGAAUGGCAACUGAUGUCUCCAAUGGCUCCGCUUUGCCAAGCCAGGUGGUCCGAACCGCAGCUGUGCAGACCUUGGUGUCUUUAGCUGCUAUGGCAGGUCCAUCUGCUGCAGUUGCUGAUGAUGUGGCAGUGCCACAGAGCGUUCCGCAGCCCAUGACUCAGAUGCAAGCUACUGGCCGUGUCACCUAUUCUCGCUUCUUGGAAUUCGUCGAGGAUGGUGCGGUGAAGCGCGUCGACAUGUAUGACAUGGGCCGGACUGCUGUUGCUUCCGUGACCAUUGCCGGUCGUGAGCAGCAGUUGAUUUGCGAUUUGCCUGGUGCCAGCACGGGAGUCAUCGACAAACUCGUGGCAAAGAACGUGGCCAUUGAUGUGCACCAACCGGACAAACCCAACCCACUCUUCGGCGCCUUGGCUGAUGCAGCGUUCCCUUUGCUGACCAUCGCUGGUUUGCUCUUCUUGCGAUCGCAGAACCCUGGUACUGGUGGCAUCCCAGGACUUGGCAAUCAGGGGAAGGCGCAAAUCAUGAUUUCCCCUGACACGGGAGUCAAGUUUGAGAACGUUGCCGGAAUUGAUGAGGCAAAGGAGGAGCUUACGGAGAUUGUCGAUUUCCUGAAGGCUCCCGAGCGUUUUGUGAAGGUCGGAGCCAAGAUCCCACGUGGCGUCCUGCUCACUGGGCCUCCGGGCACCGGGAAGACGCUCAUGGCCAAAGCUUUGGCAGGUGAGGCUGGUGUGCCCUUCAUCCAAUCCUCCGCCUCGGAAUUCAUUGAGCUGUUUGUGGGUGUCGGGGCCUCUCGCGUGCGCGACAUCUUCAAACAGGCCAAGGAGAAGGCUCCCUGCAUCGUUUUCAUCGAUGAAAUUGAUGCCAUUGGCCGACAGCGCGGUGCUGGCAUGGGAGGUGGAGAUGAUGAGCGGGAGCAGACAUUGAAUCAGAUCCUGACCGAGAUGGAUGCUGUGCCAGGCCCGGAUUGCUGGAGCUUUGGGUGGCCGUGUGGCGGAGCAGUUGGUCUUCGGCAGCUCCCAGGUGACCACUGGUGCUGGGGGAGAUUUGCAGCAGGUGGAGCGCAUGGCUCGGGCCAUGGUCACCCAGUUUGGCAUGUCCGACGUGGGCUCCAUUGCCAUCGAUGA